AUGUCUCUCUCCAACAAGCUAUCGAUCGCCGACGUCGAUCUCAAGGACAAGCGCGUCCUGAUUCGAGUCGACUUCAACGUCCCUCUGGACGCCGACAAGAAGAUCACCAACAACCAGCGCAUAGUCGGCGCACUUCCCACAAUCAAGCACGCCAUCGACAAUGGCGCCAAAGCUGUCAUCCUCAUGUCCCACCUUGGCCGACCAGACGGAAAGCCAAACGCAAAAUACAGCCUCAAGCCGGUUGUUGCCGAGCUGGAGAAGCUCCUUGGCAAGAGCGUCACCUUCACCGACGACUGCGUUGGCAAGUCGGUCGAGGAUACCGUCAACAGCGCUAGCGGUGGCCAAGUCAUCCUACUAGAGAACCUACGCUUCCACGCCGAGGAGGAGGGUAGCUACAAGGACGAUGAUGGCAAGAAGCAAAAGGUAGACAAGAGCAAGGUCGACGAGUUCAGGAAGGGCUUGACUGCUCUGGGUGACGUCUACAUCAACGACGCUUUCGGUACUGCUCACCGCGCGCACAGCUCCAUGGUCGGUGUCGACCUUCCACAAAAGGCCUCUGGCUUCCUUGUCAAGAAGGAGCUUGAUUACUUCGCAAAAGCUCUCGAGGAGCCCAAGCGACCUUUCCUCGCCAUCCUCGGUGGUGCAAAGGUCUCCGACAAGAUCCAAUUGAUCGACAACCUGCUUGGCAAGGUCAAUAGCCUGAUCAUCUGCGGAGGCAUGUCCUUCACCUUCAAGAAGACUCUUGAGGGCGUCAAGAUUGGUGACAGCUUGUUCGAUGAGGCUGGCAGCAAGACCGUCAAGGACCUUGUCGAGAAGGCGAAGAAGAACAACGUCAAGAUUGUGCUCCCCGUCGACUACAUCACUGCUGAUAAGUUUGACAAGGACGCCAAAACUGGCUACGCCGAGGACAAGGACGGCAUCCCGGAUGGUUGGAUGGGUCUCGACUGUGGAGAGAAGUCGAUCAAGCUUUACAAGGAGGCCAUCGAUGAGGCGCAGACCAUCCUCUGGAACGGUCCUGCUGGUGUGUUCGAGUUCGACAAGUUCGCCGCUGGUACCAAGGCGACACUCGACGCCGCUGUUGACGCUGCACAGAGCGGCAAGAUUGUCAUCAUCGGUGGUGGUGACACAGCUACUGUGGCGGCCAAGUACGGUGUAGAAGACAAGCUCUCCCACGUCUCAACCGGAGGCGGCGCGUCGCUUGAGCUGCUCGAGGGUAAGGAUCUGCCCGGUGUCUCUGCCCUGUCAAGUAAGUAA